UUCUAAGCAGCUAAACUCCAACAAACCGGCAGACAGCAGCAGCUAAUCUACGUUUCACCUUCGGGCGGUGGGCUGGACUCACGAUGGCCUCGUCCCGGCUGAAGUACGUGUCUCUGGGGGUUUUGGUCCUCCAGACCACCUCCCUGGUUCUCACCAUGCGCUACUCGCGGACCUUGCAGGCGGCCGGGCCCCGGUAUUUGGCCUCCUCGGCGGUGGUGGUGGCUGAGCUGAUGAAGAUCCUGAGCUGUGUGGGGCUGGUCCUCCAGGAGCACAAUUAUAGUGUGAGAGCUCUGAACAGUGUCCUUCGUCAGGAAAUUGUCCAUAAACCCAUAGAAACACUGAAGCUUGCGAUUCCUUCGGGGAUCUACACGCUCCAAAACAACCUCCUCUACGUGGCGCUCUCCAAUCUGGAUGCAGCCACCUACCAGGUGACGUACCAGCUGAAGAUCCUGACCACGGCUCUGUUUUCCGUGUCCAUGCUGCACCGCAGACUGGGCGUCUACCAGUGGCUGUCCUUGCUGAUUCUCAUGGCUGGAGUGGCUCUUGUCCAGUGGCCGUCUGAGUCAGCUUCAGCCCAGCAGAAAGAGGCCUCAUCUGCUGGGUCCCAGUUUGUGGGUGUGCUGGCGGUACUGGUGGCCUGCUGCUCCAGUGGCUUUGCUGGCGUCUACUUUGAGAAGAUCCUGAAGGAGAGCAAGCAGAGCGUCUGGAUCCGAAACAUCCAGCUGGGGAUGUUCGGGCUGGUGUUUGGUCUCUUUGGGAUGAUGGCCUACGACGGUGACAGGGUGAAAGCAGCAGGAAUGUUCCAGGGAUACAACUCUGUCACGUGGACUGUUGUGGUGCUGCAGGCGCUGGGGGGUCUGGUCAUCGCAGCAGUCAUCAGGUAUGCAGACAACAUCCUCAAGGGCUUCGCCACGUCGCUGUCCAUUAUCCUGUCAACUCUCAUAUCAUACUUCUGGCUGGAGGACUUCGACCCCACAGGAGUUUUCUUCUUGGGGGCCGUUUUGGUCAUCGUGGCCACAUUCCUGUACGGCUACGAAGGCAAACCUUCCUCCAACCCCAGCAGGGCGUAGGAUGGCGCCGGCGUGUCCCACUAAAAUGACAAAAUAUGGAUGAAGAAGAAGCACCGCGUCCACGAGGAAGAGGAGUGGAAAUGGAAGAAACAGACUUGAUGUAUUGUGUGGGCUUGUUUUAUUUUUAUUUUUGUCCCAAAGCAGAGAAGUAAGAAAGCAGAAAAGGAGGCAAAAUAAAGAAAAGCACUGACGUGACUAAAGUGGCUCGGGUGUGAAGGCGAACUGUGUAAACCUUGUCAUCACGAGGAUGUUUACCUGAGCACCCCGCCUUCAGGCGGACUGUUUCACAUCCUGCUUGGAUGCUGUCCCACAGGAAUCAUCAGCGGAAAAAGAGGCAAACAAAGAGGCAGCGUGUCUGGGCGGAUGACUCUUGUGGAAUCAAACCGCUGCAUCAUCUGUCCAGAAGCUGGGCAGUGUUUGCCCUGGGUUUAAUCUACCAGGCGUCGCUCGCUCUGAAGCCGACCAACUUUAAGUCAGACUGAAGUUCUGCUCUGUUCUGUAAAUGCUGUUAAGAGUUUUGGAAGCUGCAGGUCCGACUGAUGGAGGUUUUCUGUUCUCCUGUGAGCCGUAGAUCAGGACAGAAACGAUGCGCACACGGUCACUAUAACUACUAUUGCUUUUUAUUUAUUUUUUUUUUAAUUACAGCUCUCAUGUUGCUUUUACACUCAGCUGUUCUUAAACUGUUUUUGUUGCCAGGCAACAUGUGAUUGAGGCAUCUUUGGUAACAUGUACAGAAGGUAAUGGAGCCGUUUUUGUCUGCAAGGUUUAGAUGUUUUACAGUUAUAUAAGUGUAAAAAAUUAAAAAUUAAUACAUAAAUAAACAGGGUGCUUCUGAAAUAUGGUUUUAGUCAAUAACAUGGAUCAUAAUUUGGAAUGAAAUAUGUAAGUUUCUCUAAUUUAUUAAUUCAAUUUUUACAUUCUGUUUAUGAGGCAUCGUGCGUGAAUCAACACUCAGCUCAUUUCAUUUUUGUACCACAGUAAUGAAACAUUUACUGAACAUGGUUCUGAUGAGUCACAGUGAGUUCAUAAGUAAUUUGACUGUAACACAGUUUUUAUAGUCAUGCCUCUGCAUGCCACCAGACCUAGAGAUGAAAUGAAAUAAUCAAGAUGUUCUUGAAGAGCAGACAUAAAACUUUAAUUCAAAGGAUUUAAUAAAAAUAUUACAUUAACUGUUUAGGAAUUACAGCCAUUUGGACACAUACUAGCUUCAUUUAUCAGUGCUUCUAAGUCAUUGGACGCGUGAAACAGUGUCAUUAUGACACAUCAUCACUUUUACAGCCAGUUGUCUUCAGGUACCUUUAAGUCAGUCACUAAGUACGUCUUGGACUUCAUUUACACCGUCAUACAAACUGUACUUUAAAUCUGUGGAGGAGGCAGUUCUGAGAAACUGAUGGUGCUGGAGCUCAGUGAGACCUGCCCUGAAGGAGUUCGAAGCUUCUGUGACUCAUCGGAGAAACGGCAGCUUUUGUCUGUUUCCUGGUUUAAUGUCACACACAUUUUAUUGACAACAAAACAUGAAAUUUCAGCUGCAGUUUGCCAGAAGGUACACGGAAGACACGAGCCUCGAUUUGAUCUGUGUUUUCUUGUCAGAAAAUCUUCGAGGGUUUCCUUCCUGCUCUGUGUGAUAGAUGAAAGUCGACAGUAAGCGCACGUCUCCAUUGGUCUGUCUUUCCUCGUGUGGCGAACAGAUGUAAAACUACAAAAACUCGCUGUCCAAAUACUUAUGGGCUGGACUGUAGUAACGUGGCACUUUGUGAAUUCACUAAAACAACAUAAAUCUGUCGGCUGUGGUUGAACCUGUGCUGUGAUUGUUUUCUCCUGGCACUGUUUCAGCUUUUAUUUUAUUUUUUUUAAUUGGGGUAAUGUGAGUACUGUGAAUAACUAUUACUUUGAUUAUGUUUGUGAAGCUUUUAUAAAAGGAAUAUGCUCCUCGCUGAA